CCUCCAACCAGUAGUGUUGGUAAACCGUUCGAAACUCCCCCCUUUUGAAACUUGUUGGCUGACACGCAAGAGCGUGCGUUCUGUCUCUUUUACAACAAUUUCGGCCUAGUUCGCAGCAUGUCGCGCAGAAAGGAGAACGAGGAGGUGGACAAGCAGACGCGCAUUGCCAUCGUCAGCGAUGACAAGUGCAAGCCCAAGCGGUGUCGGCAGGAGUGCAAGAAGACCUGCCCGGUGGUGCGCAUGGGCAAGCUCUGCAUCGAGGUGACGCCCACGUCCAAGAUAGCCUCGCUGUCCGAGGAGCUCUGCAUCGGUUGCGGUAUCUGUGUCAAGAAAUGCCCCUUUGAGGCCAUCACAAUCAUCAACUUGCCCAGCAACCUGGAGAAGCACACAACGCAUCGGUACAGCAAGAACUCCUUCAAGCUGCAUCGUCUGCCCAUUCCGCGUCCCGGCGAAGUUCUUGGCUUGGUGGGUCAAAAUGGUAUUGGCAAGUCGACGGCCUUGAAGAUCCUCGCCGGCAAGCAGAAACCCAAUCUGGGCAAGUACGCCAAUCCGCCCGACUGGACGGAGAUCCUCAGCUACUUCCGCGGCUCCGAGCUGCAGAACUACUUCACCAAGAUCCUCGAAGACAACCUGAAGGCGCUGGUCAAGCCGCAGUAUGUGGAUCAGAUCCCCAAGGCGGUGCGCGGCGCUGUCGGCGAUCUGCUGGACAAGAAGGACGAGCGGGAACUGCAGACCAAGAUCUGCGAUAUGCUGGACCUUUCGCAUAUCCGGGAUCGUGAGAUCUCCCAGCUGUCCGGUGGAGAACUGCAGCGCUUUGCAAUCGCCAUGGUUUGCAUACAGAAUGCCGACAUCUUCAUGUUCGACGAGCCGUCCUCGUACUUGGAUGUGAAGCAGCGUCUCAACGCUGCCUUGACCAUUCGAUCGCUCCUGCAUCCCACAAAGUUCAUUAUCGUGGUGGAGCACGAUUUGUCUGUGCUGGAUUACUUGUCCGAUUUUAUUUGCUGCCUUUACGGAGUUCCCGGCUGCUAUGGAGUGGUCACUAUGCCCUUCUCCGUGCGCGAAGGCAUCAACAUAUUCCUCGACGGCUUUGUGCCCACCGAAAACAUGCGUUUCCGCACCGAAUCGCUCACCUUCAAGGUAUCUGAAUCGGCCACCGAGGAGGAGAUCAAGCGCAUGAACCACUACGUGUAUCCCUCCAUGGUCAAGACCCUGGGCAAGUUCGAGCUGACAGUGGAAAAGGGUCACUUCAGCGACUCCGAGAUCCUGGUUUUGCUAGGAGAGAAUGGUACGGGCAAGACCACGUUCAUCCGCAUGCUGGCCGGCAAUUUGCAGCCCGAUGGCGAGGUGGAGCUGCCCAUGCUGAAUAUCUCGUACAAGCCGCAGAAGAUUUCCCCGAAAUUCCAGAAUCAUGUGCGCCAUUUGCUGCACGACAAGAUUCGCGACGCCUACGUGCAUCCGCAGUUCAUUGCCGAUGUUAUGAAGCCCAUGAAGAUCGAGGAGAUCAUGGACCAGGAGGUGCAGAACCUCUCCGGUGGUGAGUUGCAGCGCGUGGCCUUGGUUUUGUGCCUGGGCAAGCCAGCGGAUGUCUACCUCAUCGACGAACCGUCUGCCUACUUGGAUUCGGAGCAGCGUCUGGUGGCCGCCAAGGUUAUCAAGCGCUACAUUUUGCACGCCAAGAAAACUGGAUUUGUGGUGGAGCACGAUUUCAUCAUGGCCACCUACCUCGCCGACCGCGUCAUCGUUAUUGAGGGCCAGCCCUCGGUGAAGACGACGGCCUUCUCGCCGCAGUCGCUGCUGAACGGCAUGAACCGCUUCCUCGAACUGCUCGGCAUCACCUUCCGUCGCGAUCCCAACAACUUCAGGCCCCGCAUCAACAAGAACAACUCGGUCAAGGACACGGAACAGAAGCGCUCCGGCCAGUUCUUCUUUCUGGAGGACGAGGCUUGUUAGUUAGACAGAAUCACGGACAAC